CUCACGAAGUGGGAGGAGAAAGCAACUAAUUGGUAAUAUCAGAACAGGAGCCAUGCUAGCCUAUAUAAACUGGUGGGGCAUUCUCUUUUUCCCACUCUUAGCCCUGCUGUCCAUAAUAGCCAGCAAAGCAACAGCUGUCCCUGAGUUCAUCCAAAAGGCUCAAAACCUCACCAUGGAAAACAGCGCUGACGUCAAGAUAGAAACCAAGGGGGAAGGAAAGCCAAGAAGGCAAAGUCAACUGAGUAAAGGUGGGAAGAGAGUCUGCAGAGCUGUUGGGUACAUCACAGGAGACAUGAAGGAAUUUGGUGCCUGGCUGAAAGAUAAGCCCAUCAUGAUCCAGUUUAUUGACUGGGUGCUGCGUGGGAUAUCCCAGGUGAUGUUUGUCAAUAAUCCCCUCAGUGGUCUCAUCGUAGUCGCUGGCUUCCUGGUGCAGAACCCAUGGUGGACACUCACAGGUUGUUUAGGAACAGUUGUUUCGACUUUGACAGCACUUAUUCUGGGUCAAGACAGAUCGGCCAUAGCAGCAGGCCUGUAUGGCUAUAAUGGGGUCUUGGUGGGAUUGCUCAUGGCAGUCUUCUCUGCUAAGGGAGACUACCACUGGUGGCUUCUACUGCCAGUAGCACUGGUAUCUGUGACAUGCCCUGUUUUCACCAGCGCUUUAGGUUCAGUCUUCUGUAAGUGGGAUCUGCCUGUUCUCACCUUGCCUUUCAACUUGGCCUUGACCCUCUAUCUGGCUGCAUCAGGACCCCAUAACCUCUUCUUCCCUACAACCGUCAUUCAUCCUGCAACAACAACACCAAACAUCACCUGGACAGACGCUGACAUGCCAAUGCUGCUGCAAUCCAUUCCGGUUGGGGUGGGUCAGGUUUAUGGCUGUGAUAAUCCCUGGACUGGGGGAAUUUUCCUGCUUGCUUUAUUUAUCUCAUCCCCACUCAUCUGUCUGCAUGCAGCAAUUGGAUCAGCGGUGGGGAUGUUGGCAGCACUGAGCUUAGCAACACCUUUUAGUACGAUCUACUCCGGCUUGUGGAGCUACAACAGCUCCCUCUCGUGCAUUGCCAUUGGAGGCAUGUUCUAUGCAUUCACCUGGCAGACACAUCUGCUGGCAAUUGCCUGUGCACUCUUCAGUGCCUAUCUGGGAGCAACAGUGACGAACAUGUUGGCUGUGUUCGGGGUGCCACCAGGAACCUGGUCUUUCUGUUUGUCUGCACUGACCUUUCUGUUAAUGACAACAAACCACUCUGCCAUCUACAAGCUCCCACUCUCCAAAGUCACCUAUCCAGAAGCCAAUCGAGCAUAUUAUCUGAGGAUGAAGAAACAUCAUAUGUCUUGCUGUGACGUAUAAAGACCCAAGAAGAGAGAUACUUUACAGAUUGUAAGGCAAGAGCACAAGGUUCCCCCCUAAAAAAAAAAAAAAAAAAAAAAAAAAGGAAAGAUAUUUAUGUGCUAUAAAGUAAAAAUACCAAAAACCCUGAUAUCUUUGAGUGGAGAGACUUUUUCCACCACAAUUUUCUGUUCUACCCUGAUUAGAUAGAAUCAUGCUGUGUUGGAAGGACCUUUCCCAAGACCAACCUGUCACGACUCAAAAGCACAUAUGCUUGAAAAGACACUUGAGCUUUAAAAAGUGGGAAAAUGACUUAGAAGUGGCAAAGAAAAUUCUAUUUGUGAAAUCUGAGUCACUGUAAUCAGAUGUAAAGACAUAAAGAGCAGAGCAUAUCUCAGCUCUUUAUUAGGAGUGCUAUUUAAAGGCUACCACAGCAAUAGGAUGCACCUUAGAGAGCUUCAUAGUAGCAGAGAACUGGAACAAAGAGCACUUUGCUAAGUAGGAAAUAGGUGAUGAAGAAAUCUUCCUGGGGGAUCUCUCAAGCCUAGUGGAGAAAGAUGUGAAUUAACAAUCAUCACACACGAGAUGGACACAGAUGAAUUGCAAGCAGCAUUGCUAAUACUUGCAAAUCUUGUGGUAAAAGUCACAAUAAUGGGAAAGAGGGGGUUGCCUAUAAGCCCCAGCUUUUGGAUGUUAUUGUUUGCACUAGAUUAAAACAGUUCAUGGAAAAACUGUUUCAGUCCUACUGUGUUGCACAGAAAAGCUUGUAAAUUCAAGGCCAAGAAAGUAGAUGCCAGUAAAAAGAAUGUUUUUUUCUAUAAAAAUAAGUAUAAUGAUUUUAUGUUUAUAACCGGAUUCCACGUAAUACUCAUACUUGGUCAUGGGUUAGCAAAGGAGGGGAUAGCAGCAAAGCUACUGCUGCCCCUUCCCUAUGAAAAAUGAAAUGGCUCUGUUCAGCCCAACCACAAGCACAACUAGCUUGAGCUGAUUUUCUCAGCCUCUGAGUUGAUGUAAUCAACUUCAAUUAAUGAUGGCAUGCAAGGCACUUUGGAGAGUAUUUGUGUCUAAGAUCAUCCAGCUUUACCUCAUCUUGAUGAAUGGCCUUGAUAAAAGGCAAUGGGUGUUACCCAACAUAAUGACGUCUACCAGCACACUAGAUCUUUCAUAAUGGGAUGGUUUAUCAGACCUCCAAGAGAUGCACAGCUAGUGCUGAACAUAGAUCUGUGACAGUAAUUGGUAGCAAUGAUACCAAAUAUUUUCCUCCAUGCUCAGGUCAUUCAGUUCUCAUCGGCCUACACACUUUAAUCAUAGAAUCAAAGAAUGGCUUGGGUUGGAAGGGACCUUAAAGUUCAUCUGGAUCCAACCCCCCUGCCACAGGCAGGGUUGCCAACCACUGAUCAUCAUCUCACCCCUGUUCCUCUUGAGCCAGAGUUAAAAAGAAGUAGCUUACAAUUCAUAUUACUGCUGAUUUUUGAGCCUGGGAAAAAAAAAAAAAAAGUGCCUUUUUAU